CAUACUCACCCAAAAAAGAAAGAAAAAGAAGAAGAAAUACCAUGGACAUCACUUGUACAUCAGAAGAAGGAUUAACGCAGCCUAUGAGCCCCGCGUCACAAUAUGUUAGCAACUCUGUCUUGACACUUACCAUUCUUGGUGUUCUGGAAUUUGAAGUCCCCAUCAAUGACCUUCAGGCCUGUUCAUUCAUCCAAAACGUUUUCCUCUCAAUCAACCCUCGUUUCUCCUCUGUCAUGGUUACAGACGAAAAGGGAGUGAAAAAAUGGAAGAAGGUUGAAGUGAAUAUCAAAGAUCAUAUCAGAGUCCCAGUUUUUCCUCCUAACAAGUCUCCAGAAUUCUACGACAAGUGCUUUGACGAUUACAUGUCCAAGAUUGGAAUGGAAACCCUGCCUCUGACCAGACCAUUGUGGGAAAUCCACAGAGUUGAAUACCCAACAAGCAAUGCAGCUGGUAUUUUGAUAUUCAAGCUCCACCACGCACUUGGCGAUGGUUUCAGUCUUAUGAGUGCUCUACUUUCUUGUCUACAAAGAGCAGAAAAUCCAGCCCUUCCAUUGACAUUUCCUUCUGUUAAAAUGCACUCAAAUGGUGGUCAGAGUGAGAAGAAUGUCUUCAAGAAAGUACCUAAGAUUUUCUCUUCACUUUACAACACUGUAUCAGAUUUUUGUGGAGGUGUGUUGAUGAGUACUAUUAUGGAAGACGAUCGAACCCCGAUUCAAUCUGGAGCAGAUGAUGUCCAGUUCCGGCCAAUGACGACAUUGACGAUGACAUUUUCUCUUGAUCAAAUUAAGCAAAUCAAGUCCAAGCUUGGAGCUACAGUAAAUGACGUGAUCACCGGAACAAUCUUCUUGGGAACUAGGUUAUAUAUGCAAGAAAUGUGCCAUGAAUCAAGAAAAUCUCGUUCUACAGCGUUAGUGUUGCUCAACACUAGAAUGACUAGAAGUUACAGGCCCAUUGAUGAUAUGCUUAAACCUAAUGCGGAGGGGCGUUGGGGAAAUCUCUUUUCCUUCCUACAAGUACCACUGCCUAAACUAACUCAUGCAAACCUUACUGAUCCACUACAAUUUGUAGUCAAAACGGGACGAAUCAUCAAGAGGAAGAGGAACCCUAUUGCUCGUCACAUGGCAAGUUGGCUUCUCGAAAUAAUAAAUAAGCAUAGGGGUCCUGAGGCAGUAUCCAAAUUCGUUUAUGGAACCCUUAAGAACUCAAGCUUAUGUAUCACAAAUGUAGUGGGAACCCAAGAGCAGAUGGCUUUGAGUGGUCAUCCUGUUAAAGGCAUCUACUUUAUGCUUUUGGGAACACCCGAGGAUGUUGUGUUCGGAAUAGUGAGUUACAUGGGCAAGCUAAGGGUUGCAAUGGGAGUUGGAAAAGAGUUCAUAGAUGCAGAAAAGUUGAAGUCACACAUUGAGAAUGCCUUUGAGAUGGUAUUCAAAGCUGCGUGUGGAAAUUAAAAAAAAGAAAAGCCUUAGUAAACCAAGAUAUGAAAAUAAGGGGAGACUGCAUGCAGCCACCCCAUGCAUGCAUUUGUUGCCUGCCUAUAUAUGCAUAUUUUUUCGGUUUGCAUUUUCUUCUGGGCUGUCUACUUCCUGUUUGGGUAAUUUUUGAAGCUUUUCUUUUAGUCUUGGGUCUCCGAAGGGUUUAAGAUUUGCUUCAAAAGUUUGCUUGUGGGCUGCUCUGAAGACACUAUCUUUCAUUUAGUUCUUAGGAUAUCUUUUCUUUUUCUCACCUGUAUGGGUUGUGUCUGGGUUUAAGUUUUCUUUUUCUUACCGGUAGCAUUGUAACCUCCUUGAUCUGGUGUUGGUUUGUAGUUGUCAACUUGUCAUUAUUCCAUUCUCAAAAAAAUUAUCUCGGA